CACCUACCCGUUAUCAUAAUUUCUUCCAAAAUAAAAAAUCUCCACCCUUCCGCGUUUCUUAGCCGUAACAUCCGCCAUUCGCGUUGACGUCCGGUUUACUCACCGGAAUUUCUCCCGCCAUCCUCCAUCUUGAUAAGCCCAUCUAGAACCUUCUCGAAUUCCAUUUUUUUCCGAUUCAUAUAGCCACGAAGUGACGAAGGCAAAUUGUGUUUGAUCGCUUUGAGUAUUGGAUCGUCAGAACUGGGAAGGGAAAAUGGGUGUUGAUUACUAUAACAUACUGAAAGUGUCGAAGAACGCGACCGAUGAAGAUUUGAAGAGAUCGUACAAGCGGCUGGCGAUGAAGUGGCAUCCGGAUAAGAACGGGGAGAACAAGAAGGAGGCGGAGGCCAAGUUCAAGCAGAUAUCCGAGGCCUAUGACGUGCUCAGCAACGCUCACAAGCGCCAGAUCUAUGAUUUGUACGGCGAGGAGGCGCUCAAGUCCGGCCAAUUCGAUCAGGCGUCGCCGACUUGUGGUGGCGCCGGAGGGAAUAGCUUUAGGUAUAAAUGGCGCGACGCCGAUGACAUAUUCGCCGAGUUUUUCGGUCUAUCGAAGGGAGGAUUUAAGGACAGUCCUGUUGUUGCCGGUGGAGACAGAGGAACGCCGCGGAAGGCGGCGCCGGUGGAAAACAUGCUGCCAUGUAGCUUGGAGGAGCUGUAUAAAGGAUCCAAGAGGAAGAUGCAGAUUUCAAGGAUCGUUCUCGAUGACACGGGUAAGCCUGUGACUGUUGAGGAGGUGUUGGCAAUACAUAUUAAACCUGGUUGGAAGAAGGGCACUAAGAUUACUUUUCCUGAGAAAGGGGAUUAUGAACCCGGUGCUGCCCCAGGAGACCUUGUUUUCGUUGUAGAGGAAAAACCUCAUCCCGUGUUCAGAAGGGAUGGCAAUGAUCUUGUUGUUCAUAAAAAAAUUUCCUUACUCGAUGCUCUUACAGGGAGUACAAUCAGCCUGACAACAUUGGAUGGUAGAGAGCUAACAAUACCAGUAACCGACGUCAUCAAGCCAGGGAAUGAGCAAGUAAUCCCAAACGAAGGAAUGCCGAUAUCAAAAGAACCAGGUAAGAAAGGAAAUUUAAGGAUCAAAUUUGAGAUCAAAUUCCCUUCGCGGCUUAGUUCAGAUCAGAAAUCUGAACUGAGGAGGGUACUGGGUAGACCAGUUGAAUAAGCCAAAAGGCUUUAGCUCGGGUUAUUGCUAACACAAAUAGGGGAAGGGGAAUGUAAAUACAUGACAUUUACGAUAGAGAAGAUAAUUGUGCAUACUAGGAACAUAGUAUGAAGGAUUCCUUAAGAAAUUUCAUUACUCUUUAGUGUAGUAAGAGGCUCCUAUUUAGCUUGCUACUGUUGCUGAUACUAUAUUUAAUCAUCGUGUUGCUUGUUGAACCUGUAAAUUUUAAUGUAUUGUAGUUUUGGUGAGAGAUGAAAUGUAUUUUUCCGAGUGUGAACAUUUUGUUA